UUGAUUGAAUCCGUGAUAACAUUGUCGGGGUAGAAAAUUGUCAUAUAUAAUCUCGUCGUACUUGUCGCUACUCGAUCAGUUGGCGCUACAAACCUUAAUUAUAUACAGGUGCGAAGCGCAUUUUCUUCAUACAAAAAUGACGCCGGCAGUGGUUGGACGUCGUCGUGUAGUUUUCCUCCUGGCACUGCUGGGUUUUCAGCUGAGCGGUGUAGUUUGUGAGGAACUGAGAAAGUUGAGUGUUAGUGAUUGGUGGGAGAAGUCUGGUUUCUAUCAAAUUUAUCCGCGAUCGUUCAAAGACAGCAAUGGCGACGGCAUCGGGGAUUUGAAAGGAAUUACGCAAAAGUUACCAUACCUGAAGUCGAUCGGAGUGAAAGCUUUCUGGUUAUCGCCGAUCUACAAGAGCCCUAUGGCUGAUUUUGGAUACGAUAUUUCCGAUUUUCGGGACAUUCAGCCAGAAUAUGGAACGUUGCAGGAUUUUAAAGAUUUGAAAGCCGAAGCAAACAAGUUGGGUCUGAAGCUGAUCAUGGAUUUUGUUCCUAACCAUUCGAGCGAUGAGCAUGAAUGGUUCCAAAAAAGCGAAAAUCGUGUCGCUGGUUAUGAAGACUACUACGUGUGGCAUGACGGCAAACCGGGUGAUGAUCCGAACCAGAAUGAUCCACCGAAUAAUUGGGUGGAAGCAUUCCGUGGCAGUGCGUGGAGGUGGAGCAACAUAAGGAAACAGUACUAUUUGCAUCAGUUCCAUUACAAGCAACCGGAUCUCAAUUAUCGCAACUCGAAAGUGGUCGAAGAAAUGAAAAACGUGCUCCGCUACUGGCUGGAUCUGGGAGUAGAUGGCUUCCGUAUCGAUGCGGUCAACUGGUUGUUUGAGGAUUCACAGCUUCGUGAUGAGCCUCCGUCUGGCGAGUCGGAUGAUCCACUACGGCCGGAAUACUUGAGCCACAUCUACACCCGAGAUAUGCCGGAAACAACUGAUAUGGUGUACCAGUGGCGAGCAGUGAUGGACGAAUACAAGCAACAACACGGGGGAGAUACUCGAGUAAUGAUGACGGAAUCGUGGUCGAACUUAGACAUAGUAGCUACCUACUACGAGGACGUCAACAAACGCCAGGGAUCCAAUAUGCCAUUCAAUUUUCAACUUAUUUUACAUCUCAACAAAAAUUCCAAAGCUUCCAACUUUAAAACCGUUAUUGAUUCAUGGUUAAAUAUUGUUCCCGAUCAGCACGUCGCUAACUGGGUUCUCGGUAAUCAUGACCAACGACGCGUUGCUUCAAGAAUGGGAGGAGAACAUAUGGCCGAUUUGAUGGCGAUGGUCGGUUUGUCCCUGCCGGGUGUAUCCGUCACCUACCAGGGUGAGGAAAUUGGGAUGACUGACUAUGAAGUUUCCUGGGAGGAUACGAAGGAUCCUGCUGGCUGUCAGACGUCUCCCACUGAUUAUCAGAAAUAUUCCAGGGAUCCCGCUCGCACACCUUUCCAGUGGGACAAUUCUUCGAAGGCAGGGUUCACCAGUGGAAGCACUACUUGGUUACCGGUUAAUCCGAAUUACCUGACUGUGAACGUAGACUACCAGGAGAAAGCCAGCAACAGUCAUCUUAAGGUGUUCAAAAAGCUUAUAGAGCUUCGAGAUGAAGAUAUUUUCCAUGAUUGUCUUUACGGUGUAAUGGCCGUCGGAGACAAUGUGUUCGGUAUAGUGCGCACCACGACGCCACUUCAUGAAGCGCCGGUCUAUCUGACGUUAAUCAAUAUUGCCAACCAGGCGGUAAAUGUUACUACUCAAACUAUUUAUAGUGGUUUUUCUGUUAGUUUCACGUCCGACAUGAAAGUGGCGGUCGCCAGCGUUUCAUCUAAGAGAUCCGAAGGAAACUCUGUCAGCCUCAACAAUCUGGAGCUGCAACCAUACGAGGGGUUAGUAUUACGGGCUGGCGCGGCAGUUUUGAUGCUGAGCAAGCUGCUUUCACUACUCCUGGUAUUUACAGUGUUCUUGUUGUGGUAGUCAAUAGUGAAAGGUUUACUGUAAAUGUUCAUUAAAGAUUCGUAAUGAUUAUAAAAUGUGAUUUUCGAAAUACCUGAAAGAAUAAAUUGCAAGAAUUUAUUCUA